CACUCACUGGACUUCCAGUAGAGGAAUGCAAGCAGCCGCUGUCCGUUGUAGGUUACGGUUCUUACUGAAAUAACGCUUUUUUUCACGGUUCUACUGGCUUUUACGGGAAGAAAACAACAUUCGAAUACAUUUCAAAAGGCGACCAGAACCGAUGGGGACGUUAUGUCGUUGGAGUUACGCGGGUGGAUUUGGUUGUUUUAGUUGAGAAGAAGGAAAGUGUUGCGCUCGGAGAAACAGCGGUGGGAUUAAACAUGCUGACACCGAUUUUAGUAUACUUGUUAUCGGUCCUCCUGCUGUGUCGGAUAGCGUUCUCUCAAUACUCCAGCGAUCAGUGUAGUUGGAAGGGCAGUGGUCUGACCCAUGAGGGCCACAGCCGUGAUGUGGAGCAGGUCUACCUACGUUGUUCCCAGGGUUCCCUCCACUGGCUCUACCCUACAGGGGCCGUCAUCGUCAACCUGCGGCCCAACACCCUGUCCCCGGCAGCCGCCCGUCUCUCCGUCUGCAUCAAGCCCUCUAGGGACUCCCACGGGGCCAACAUCUACCUGGACCGGGCCGGGAAGCUGCGCCUGCUGCUGAGGGAGCAGGACCAGGCCCAGGGGAAGGUGACCUGCUUCAGCAUCCAGGACGGGUCUCUGUUCAUAGAGGCCAUACCUCACAGAGACAUCAGUAAGAGAAUCACCUCGUUCCAGUAUGAGCUGGUGACAGAGAGGACCGGGGCUGGACCACAAGCACUGUCUGCUCCCUGUCAGCCCUGCAGUGAUGCUGAGGUGCUGUUAGCAGUCUGCACCAGCGACUUUGUGGGGAGGGGCACCAUCCAGGGGGUGGAGCAGGAGGCGGAGCAGUUGUCGGUCACCGUGGCGAUAAGCCACCUGUACAGACAGAAGACUCAGGUGUUUGUGUCAGGGGGGGUGAGAGUGAGGAGGUGGACAGGCAGGGUGAGGAUGCCCAGGCAGUGUGGGGUGAGGCCCGGCCCGGGGAAGGGGGAUGGAGACUUCCUGUUCACAGGGAGCGUAAGGUUCGGGGAGGCCUGGAUGGGCUGUGCCCCGAGAUACAAGGACUUCCUCAGACUGUACCAGGAGGCAGAGCAGAGUGGGACUAACCCCUGUCAUGUGGACACAGACUGAGUGUCAGGGAGCUACCUGGCCACACCCACAACAACAGGCCUCUUCCUGAAUGGACAGCAGACCCGGGUCUGAGCCGAAUGUGGACACUGACUGAGAGGGGUGCAGACAGACAGACAGAUGGACAGACAGACUGGCCCAGACAUACAGACACCUUCUGAUCCUACUGUCUUCCUGCUCUGGAGUUCCUGAAUGUUGCCAAGCAGCAUUGUAACUGUUGGACUCAUUUCUCAAAGCCAACGUUGUUGUUAUUGUUGUUGUUGUGGAAUGUUCUAAACCUGUUCCGGAAUGUUCUGGACAGUUCUAGAAUGUUCCAAAACAGUUCCAUUGGAAUGUUCUCAGACUUCAUUCUCUGAGACGUACAUCAACAGUCAGAUGAUGUGAGGUUUGUAAUGUAGCAGACCCUCUCUGGACCUGAUGUGUAGAAGAUGUGAACCAUGAACAUUUCUGAAACGGAGGAUCCAACUGCUUUGUGAAAAGCUUCAUGUACAGUUUUGAAGAUGUUUCUUAUGAAAGAAAUGUAAACAUUAAAAGCCUGAUUUUUAAUUUGUGAUUUAUUUUGUUUUUAUGAAAAUGUAGAAGUGCAAUUUACAGUCUUUAUUAUGUCCUCAGGCUGUUGAAUUAUAAACCCCCUUUUUGUGUGAUUAAAAGUUGUAUUCCUUGGAA